AUGGUCCAUCUGCGCCUCAACGACCCAGACACCUCGCGCAACAAGCACAUCAACUACAUCACCUCUCUUCCCCAGUACUCUGAUCGGGAUGCGGCGCAUCAUCGCCUCCAACAGCUCGCGGCGCAAGUGCAGCCCGUCAUGAAGAAGCACGGCUUCGCCAUCAACUCGCUGGAAGAGUUUGAGUGGAACCGCGAGUUCGCCGGUCGCAACUGGAACAAUGGCGAGACGGUCGAGCUGGUGCUUCGACGCCAGGACGGGAGCUUUGCCCCUCUCCAGUGGGUGCUCAUGGUGUUCUGCCAUGAGCUGGCGCAUAUCAAGUAUAUGAACCACAUACCCUCGCAGCACGGAAAGCUAGACAAAGAGUUGAGGGCCGAGUGCAGGGAGUUGCAGGGGAGAGGGUAUUACGGAGAUGGAUUCUGGUCGGCGGGUCAGCGCCUGGAGGAUAACGCCUUCGUGGCCGGGAGCGGCAUGCAGAGUCUGCAAGGGCUACCCGAGUAUUCGUGCGGAGGCGCAUUCCAGAGCAAGCCGAGCAAGGGCAGGGCGAGGAAACGCCGUCGCACUGCCGCCACUGGGUCGCGCAAGAGGGGCUUCAAAGGACCCAGUCUGCAUACGGGAGCUCAGACGGCACCCAACACCAAAGGCGGGAGACGAGUGCAGACACUGCUGCCCGGUCAAGGCUCCCGCGUCGACGGCAACAACCACAUUCCGACGGCGUCCGCGUCCAGCUCGGCGUACAAGGCGGAUGCAAACUCGACCUUCCGCAAACGUACGCAGACGGCAUCAGCUCGCGAGCUCAGAGCGCAGGCUGCCAUGCAGCGCUUCGCCGCUCUCAAGACUGAGGCAGUCGAGAACAAGCCGGCUUCAGAAGGCGAUACGUUCUGGCCCGAGGAGUCGAAGGAAGUCAAGCUCGGCUCGAGCGGGUCUUCGCCGUCCGGCAGCGGUAAAGAGACAGUCAAGGAGGAAGACGUGACCGAGUCUGAGACCGAGACAGAAGACGAGGAGGACCGCAAGGAAGGCGGCCUGGUCAUCCGUCUGGACGACUCGUCUGCGGAUGAAGCAGACGGACUCGCCUCAACAACGUCGAGCACUGCGGCCAACGGCACGCUGCGGAUCAAGGAAGAGCCCGACCACUCGACAAUCGCCAGCUCCGAAUCGCAACAACAGCGCCUCGAACGGUCGCGGCUCUACCGCCAACACGAGCUGAAGCAAGGUGGAAGCAUUCGCUCGACCAACGACGACUGGCAGGACUUUUGCUCGAUCGCUUCACUCCCCAGUGUCAGCUCUACAGCCACGAACGGCCCUGCACCUUCGACAAGAAAGAAGCCGCUGCGCAAUACAAAAGCUGAGGCAAUCGAGCUUCUUUCAUCAGACGACGAAGCGAUACUGGCCUCGUCUCGACAGGCGGCGCAAGCGAAACCAGCCCCAAAACCACCAUCUCCCGAUCGGGACUGGUCCUGUCAGGUGUGCACGCUUCUCAACUCGCCCCUGGCCGUGCGAUGCGAUGCUUGCGCCACAACGCGCGGGUCUUUCUUAGUAGGACAAUGA